AUGUAUGCUUCUUAUUUUUCAACAACGUUAAAUCAACUCCUAACUCCAGGUUGCCACGAAUUUUGCAACUGUUCAUUGGAUGUCCCCGAGCUGAACGACGGCCUUCUUGUGAAGUCUGGCUCUUCUCCAGUCCUGCUAUCCGAUUUCGUUGGACGACUGCCGCAUUCACCGAGUCAACUGACGCCUCCAAAAUUCCAGGCAUUCAAGUAUGAGCCUGGCAGGCCACUAAACUUCGCUCUGCCAUCCGUCUGCGGAAUGCAACUGAUUGGUUCGGACCGACCUUGUCUGGAGCAAGAUGAUACCAAGUUUCGUCUGCCACCGGUUGCCAUGGUCAAUUGCGGGCCCAGCAACGACCGUCUGGAUGUGAAGAGCACUGGCCAAGACGAGAGGGAAGGUGAAAAGAAUGUCACUAUGGUGACGAAGGAGACAAAUGAGAGCGAUCAAGAGACCUUCAGCUUAAACGAGCACAUCUUUGCUAGAAUUACGACAUCAAUUUCUCUCGAGAACCGACUUCUACAGCCUGUCUCGACGGCAGAUUGUUCUGUCACUAUGCUCCAGCUGCCAAGAAGGCCGGGCAAAAUGAGACGAACAAGAUGUCGACGCCAGGCCUCUGCUGAGCAGAAAGCUGUUUUAUCGGCAAUGCCAUCCGACGGACAGGCGCUAGGAAGGAAGAAAGAAGGGGAAAAAAGAGAGAAAAUAAAGGAAGAGAGGGAGGAGCAGAAGUCGCAUCAGGACCUUGGGCGAGCAGUAGAGGAAGAGGAAGAGGAAGAGGAGGAAGAGGAAGAGGAUGGGGAGGAAGUGGAGGAGGAAGAAGAGGAUGAGGAAUAUGAUGAAAGAGGACAUACUGAGGCAGAAAUGGAAAAGUCGGUAUUAGAUUCCAUACAAGAGAAUGAGGAAGGAGAGAAGAGGACUUUAGCCGGCACAUUUAAAAGGUGCAAGAGAGAGCACCGAUUGGCUGCAGGUAAUGCAGGCAGUCAAAAGGAAGAAGUUGAAGGGAAAAAUAUGGAGGAAACCCUGGAAGAAGAUGAAGGAGAGCUGGGAGAGGUGGAAGAUGGGGUGGUGGCAGAAAGGGAAGAGUUCGAGGAAGGGGAGGGAGGUGAAGGAGAAGAGGAUGAAGAAGAGGUACUAGAGGAGGAUGAAGGCAACAUGGAUGACCUUGAAGUUGAUGUGGAGCUGAACAACAGUGAGGGUCAUUUGGAGGAAGAGACUUAUUCUGGAAUUGAGAAAAGGGACCUCGAUGCCGACGGAGCUUCUGCUAGGCGGCAGAAGGACUCGAUCAGAUUGCGGCACCUGACGCAUGGCUGCAAACAUCGUCUAAAGGUGAGUGGAGUAAACGCCUCGUACCGACAUGACCUACUCCUUCCAUCCAAUGGCCCAGUGAAGGUAGGAGAGGCAAAAAACCGGUCAUAUGAGCAUAGAAUUUGUAGUAGAAAUGAAGGCCAAAAUAGUGUGGUCUUCGAUUAUGGUUCAAUCUCCUUUCACUUAAUUAAGUUGGUUUGA